ACUAUACUGGUUAUCGUGUAUAAGCUCAUUUCUUUCUGAACAGUGGCCAGUUAAGAGACAGGGCCAGGGAGAAGGUGGACCUAGUAGCAACCUGCAAAGAGGUGGGGCCAGGAGCUGUGGCUUGACCCCUGCAUCCACAAAUACAAACUACUGUCAGGUGUAUGACAAGAAGAAAAUUGGUGGUAGCCAUUCUUAUUUUAUUUCCUGAGGGAUGAAUAGUGAAAAGAAGCCUCGGGGUAGAGGUGGUCAGAAGACUCCAGGGAACAAAACUCAUUCACAGAGUGUCAGACAGCCACGAAAAGCAGAGCCAAGUGAUCAAAACUCACAUUCAGAUAAUCACAAGAAUUCUGCCAUAAAAGAUGCUCCAUGUCAGGUUGCAAGUUGUGAUAAUAAUGUCAAGCAAGCCAGUGUAGGAUGUAUUCCAAAGCAAGUCUCUGAUCUUGAAGGUGAUAACCAGAAACAGUGUGAUAUAAUGGAUACUAAUAUUCAGAUAAAAUCUCAAAUUCCAAAUAGCAGUAACAGGAAUAUGACUGAACAGGAUUUUUAUGCAAAUAGUUUGCAAAAUAUUGAGACUGCACCACAAACUUUGAAUCAAAUGGAUGAACAAGCCAGUGGAGGAUGUAUUCCAAAGCAAGUCUCUGAUCUUGAAUGUGAUAACCAGAAACAGUGUGAUGUAAUGGAUACUAAUAUUCAGAUAAAAUCUCAAAUUCCAAAUAGCAGUAACAGGAAUAUGACUGAACAGGAUUUUUAUGCAAAUACUAAUUUGCAAAAUAUUGAGACUGCACCACAAACUUGGAAUAAAAUGGAAAGUUAUGAAGAAACAGAGAUACAGAAUAUUUGUCUUCCAGACAACAGGCCUAAUGGGUACAUGCAUAUUGAUUCAAACUGCAGAACUCUGAUUGACAGUUAUCAAGAAAAGCCUCAAUUUCUUCCUGCUAAGAAAGGAGAACAUCGUUUUGAAAAAGAAAAUGAACAGUUUGAUGCUGAGGAAAUUGAACUAGUUGAUGCUAAGAUGAAUAAGGGAUCUGAUACUGAAGACGAUGGAAACAGUAAUGCUAAGCUAAGCGAUUCCUUUGAUGCUACACCGAAUAGAAAUGAAAGUUUUAGUACUGAACCAAAAAAGCAGCUUUCCAAGGAAACUAAAGAUAAUGGUAAAAUACAUAUUGAAGGUAUUGAAAAUAUGGAAGAUAAAGAGUAUGAUCACAAAAAUGUUAAUUUUCAAAUUAUGCCCAAUAAAUGCUCUGACUCUUGCUCGCUGAACAGUAGUGAUGGUAAACAAAAUGAAGAGUUCAAAAGUAAGCAACAUGAGAAGCAUGAUAUUAAUGAAGACACAUUUUUUAACAAAGAAAAACAUGAUUAUGAUAGCAAAUCUCUUGAAGAUAAAAAUGAAAAACUUGCUGAGGAAAAUGUAAAGCCUGUUGUUAUACAGAAUGAAUGCUCUGGAGCUGAGCAAAAUGACAAACAGUCCAAGGGAAAUGUAGAACUUGAUUUACAAAAUGAAUGCCCUGAGGCUAGGCUAAAUGAAAAACAUUCAAGGGAAGAUGAGCUUGAUGUUAUGCAGAAUGAAUGCACCCAGAUUAAAGAAAGAGAAAAACAUUUAAAGAAUGAAUAUUCUAAAAGUAAACAAAAUGUAAAAUCUGUUGAGGAAACUGAAGAUUAUGAUAGUAUGCAGAAUGAAAAUGUACAUCCUGGUGUUAAGCAUGUAGGCUCUGAAGCUAAGCCAGAUGGAAAACAUUCAGAGGAACAUCACAGGCCUGAGGUUAUGCAGAAUGAAUACCCUAAGCCUAAACUGAAUGAAAAGUAUGCUCAGAAAUAUGAAAAGCUAGAUGAUAUGAAGGAUGAGACUGAAGUUAAGCCGCAUGAACAACUUGGGGCUAGACGAAAGGUAGAGCAAAAUAUAGUACAUGUUAAAGAAAAUAAAGAGCAUGACUCUGUACAGAGGGAAUACUGUAAAACUAUUCAAGAAGAGCACAUGAAGGAAAAUGAAGAACCUUAUCUUGGACAAAAUAAGUGUCUUGAAAAAAAGCAAACUGAUCGGCUUGUUAAGGAGAAUGAAAUGCCUAAUGCUGUACAGAUAAAUGCUGGACAUCAUGAAUGUUUUACAACAAAGCAAAUCAAACUGCUUGAUAAGGAAGAUGAAAAUAAUGGUCUACAAUAUCCUGACACUGAGGGUGAAGACCAGGUUGAGGAUGAGUUAAGAAAAGAAGAUACAUGUAAUGAUGAACAUGAAAAAGAAAAUAAAAAAGUUGUAACUCAGAAUAAGAAAUCAUAUGAUGAGAGGCCAAAUAAUCAACUUCAUAAUAAGCCAGGGGAAAUGCUAUUAAAUGCUAUAGUGAAUGUUACUGCUGGCCAAAGUGAACAGGUUGGUGUCAUAGAAAAUAUACAGUUUGAUGAUAGGGAAAGUGAUCAGCUUAAGGAAAAUGAACAUAUUUUAAAAAGUAAAGAGCUACAUGCUGAGCUAAGUAAAAAGGCAAAUUUAAAAAAAUGUGAAGUAGAUUCUAAUGAUGUGUGUAAGUUUUCAUCUAAACUAAACGAGGAGCAGAUGGUUAAAAUAAGUGAAGAACAAAAUCCUAAUGGUAAAGAAAGUGAACUCCUCAGUAUUAAACCAAAUGAAGAAUAUAUUUGUGUCAGUCAAGGAAGACCAAGUGAAAGACAAAUGAAAAAUGAUGAUAGAUCAAUGCAAAAACUAAAUGAUAGAUCAGUGCAAGAGCUAAAUGAUAUGUCUGUCCAAAAAAAUUAUUCUACCCCUGUCCAAAAUCUUCACCAUGUGGAAAAGAAAUUGAAUAACCAAAAUGAGGACAAAGAAUUUAAUAAUCAAGAGCAAGAUAAUAAGCAAAACUCCUUCCAAGAUGUGAAAAAGUUUCAGGGUCAACAAAAUAUAUAUCAAGAAAAACAAAAUUUAGAUACAUAUCAAAUAAUAAAAAAAUCAAUUUCAGUCCCGGUGGGGCACUCUGACAAUAUCAGUAAAGAAAAACAGUAG